AAAAAGACUCUAGUGCAGAGCAACAAACUAGGCAGCGAACCUCCUCAUUUGAAGGCUGUGACGCUGAGUGCUGCAGCAAUUCAAUACAAAGUUCGAUUCAGUAUGUCAACGUAUGUAUCGAGUGCCCCACAAAAGGACGCCCAGCCUGUGUGCCUGGGAAUUUCCAACAGCAACCUCUACCUUGCUUGUACCCAGUCGGGUGGUUCUUCCCCCGACCUGCUCUUGAAGGAGGUCAGUGGCCCUCUGAACACGAUUAAAGCCGGUGACCCGAAUGGGUACGACAGCCUCCUCUUCUACAGGAAAGAGACCGGCACGGCUUACAACAGUUUUGAAUCCGUUAAAUAUCCUGGAUGGUUUAUUACCACCGCUUUUGAUGACUGGGAGAAGGUGGAAAUGUACCAGGUGCCAACUAACCGAACCACAAACUUCACACUUGAGGAUCAACAACUACUCCCGAGUUAAGAAUCAGAUUUGAUCCAUAAACACAUUUCCAGAGAGUAUGUAC